CCUCCUCCAGUUCGAUCGUCCUCCUCUGGCGUUGAUUCUCCUCCUCCAGUUCGAUCGUCCUCCUCUGGUGUUGAUUUUCCUCCUCCGGCUUGGCCCUCCUCCUCCGGCAUUGAUAGUGAGUUGUCCGGCGUCGAUCGUCGAUCGUAAGCAAAGCUUGGAGUGCUCGAAAGAAACUAAUAAAAAAUUGAGAGGCUACUGAACAGUGCCUCGUCUUCCCUGGCGAGGCACUGUAGCUGAAAAUCAAAGUAGCUAGCCAAGCUAGCCACCAGCGAGGCUGCUGGAGAUGAAUUUUCUGCCUUUAGCUAGCUAUAGUAAUAAAAAUAGAGGAAUAGAGAGGCUUCUGGAAGAUUGGAAAAACCGAUAUCAACAUUCCUAAUUCCUUAAUCAAUCAUUCCUUAAUUAACUAAUUCCUUAAUCAAUCAUUCCUUAAUUGAUCAACUUUCAUUCAAAUUCCUCUCUGCAAUCGCUCUCUCUCUCUCUCCCUCUCUAAAUGAAUAUAUAUAUAUUCGCAUACACACAGCUAUUCAGUACGCUGUUGUAGUUAUUGCAUUGGAGAAUUUCUUAUUGCUGAUUUUCUUGUCGCUUCUUAUGAUAUUUCUUCAGAGGAUGAAUCGACUUUCAGUGUCGGAGAAAAUAGAUGAGCAAGAAGGUUUCAAGCUGUUUGGGACCACAGAUUCGCGUGAACCUGAAAAUGCAGCAGAAAUACUCGAGGAAAGGGAGCAAAAGCUCUUAUUUUAUGAAUCCACUGAGUUGGGAAGAGCAAGCAACUUGCGCAAAAGUUUAGAUUGGGAUAGUGGCUUUCUCACCAGAGCAGCAGUGUCGGAGAAAAUAGAAGAGCAAGAAGGUUUCAAGCUGUUUGGGACCACAGAUUCGCGUGAACCUGAAAAUGCAGCAGCAAUACUCGAGGAAAGGGAGCAAAAGCUCUUAUUUUAUGAAUCCACUGAGUUGGGAAGAGCAAGCAACUUGCACAAAAGUUUAGAUUGGGAUAGUGGCUUUCUCACCAGUGCAGCAGUGUCGGAGAGAAUAGAUGAGCAAGAAGGUUUCAAGCUGCUUGGGACCACAGAUUCUCGUGAACCUGAAAAUGCAGUAGAAAUACUCGAGGAAAGGGAGCAAAAGCUCUUAUUUUAUGAAUCCACUCAGUUGGGAAGAGCAAGCAACUUGCGCAAAAGUUUAGAUUGGGAUAGUGGAUUUUUCACCAGUGCAGGACUCCUAGAUCCAGAAGAGUUGUUUGCCAUAAAUAAAGGAUUUGAGAAGGCUGAAGCUCACCUAUUACCCGAAGUUCAAGAAGAUCUGUGUAGGUGGAGAUAUGCGGACUCAGAAUCUACAUUAGACAGCGAUGACUUCUCUUUGGACAGCAACCAAAGCACUGAGGUUGAUUUGUUUGAAGGAAUAAGAGCAUCCAUUAAGAAAUCCAAUAUAAUGUCCGAUGUUUGCAAGUCAGGAGUUGGAGAAGCCCACAAACGGGAUACCCACUUGUCGGAGAGAAUAGAUGAGCAAGAAGGUUUCAAGCUGUUUGGGACCACAGAUUCUCGUGAACCUGAAAAUGCAGUAGAAAUACUCGAGGAAAGGGAACAAAAGCUCUUAUUUUAUGAAUCCACUGAGUUGGGAAGAGCAAGCAACUUGCGCAAAAGUUUAGAUUGGGAUAGUGGCUUUUUCACUAGUGCAGGAGUUCUAGAUUCAGAAGAGUUGUUUGUCAUAAAUAAAGGAUUUGAGAAGGCUGAAGCUCACCUAUUACCCGAAGUUCAAGAAGAUCUGUGUAGGUGGAGAUAUGCGGGCUUAGAAUCUACAUUAGAUAGCGAUUACUUCUCUUUAGACAGCAACCAAAGCACUGAGGUUGAUUUGUUUGAAGGAAUAAGAGCAUCCAUUGAGAAAUCAAAUAUAAUGUCCAAUAUUUGCAAGUCAGGAGUUGGAGAAGCCCACAAACGGGAUACCCACUCAGUGCCGGAGAAAAUAGAUGAGCAAGAAGGUUUCAAGCUGUUUGGGACCAUAGAUUCGCGUGAACCUGAAAAUGCAGCAGAAAUACUCGAGGAAAGGGAGCAAAAGCUCUUAUUUUAUGAAUCCACUCAGUUGGGAAGAGCAAGCAACUUGCGCAAAAGUUUAGAUUGGGAUAGUGGCUUUUUCACCAGUGCUGGACUUCUAGAUCCAGAAGAGUUGUUUGUCAUAAAUAAAUGAUUUGAGAGGGCUGAAGCUCACCUAUUACCGAAGUUCAAGAAGAUCUGUGUAGGUGGAGAUAUGCGGACUUAGAAUCUACAUCAGAUAGCAAUGACUUCUCUUUGGACAGCAACCAAAGCACUGAGGUUGAUUUGUUUGAAGGAAUAAGAGCAUCCAUUGAGAAAUCCAAUAUAAUGUAAAAAGUCUCUACUGUGUCUAUGAUCCGUUGUCCUUCAAAUGUUUCUCGUCAAUUAAAAACUAUUACUAAUUAAAUUUUGUUUCA